GUCAUCCCUCUAUUGCGCAUGUGCAAAGUGUGCUAUCUGUUCUGGUGUGUGGGUUGGGGUCCUAUAUGUGAAGUCUUGAUUUGAAAUAGUUAUUGCUGCAAAAAAUGGCAGAAGUGGAGGAGACGUUAAAGCGCAUUCAAAGCCAGAAGGGAGUCCAAGGAAUAAUAAUUGUCAAUGCAGAAGGUAUCCCUAUCAAGACAACGUUGGACAAUUCCACCACUGUCCAGUACGCAGCUCAGAUCCACCAGCUGGUGCUGAAAGCCCGGAGCACAGUCAGAGACAUGGACCCCCAGAACGACCUGACGUUCCUGCGACUCCGCUCCAAGAAGAAUGAGAUCAUGGUGGCACCAGAUAAAGAAUAUUUCCUGAUUGUCAUCCAGAAUCCCACAGACUAAGAAGAUUUGUUAUCAUUUGACGGCCAAAUCCAUUUUUAAACAGUUUGCCAGAAAACAAUGUUGCCCUCCUAUUUGUUUUGAAAAUGCAUUCCUGUCUCAGCAAAUGAUUACACAGCUGGUCACAUCUCUUAUACAACAACGAAAGCGCAACAGAUACAGUAAAAUAUGUCACUAAAGAUAGCAUUAGGAAAAUAUAAAAUUCCACAGAAAUCUUAA